AGUCUUGCAAUCAUCCGCGUCAACACGUCUUGGCGUCGUUGAACAUUUUUUUCCUCUAAACACAUCGAAGACUUGAGCUGUUUUCUCUCAAAAAAAAACCCCCCAAAAAACAAACAAUCAUUAUUUCAACCAAAGAACAAAUGGAUUUAUUUAAAUCUUAAUCAACUAAUUAAACUUCAUUUAAAUUUUCUAAAUCGCACUUGUUAAAAUUAAAAUUAAAACAUCUAAUCGUUGAUCACCAAAGACUUUUAAUACACAAAACAAUAUCAUCGUUCAAGAAAUUUUGGUAAAAUUUUUGAUUCCGCAAAACGGGACACUUAGCCGAACACUUCUAAAUUAUACACACGCAGCUAAACAUAUAUAUAUAUUUAUAUAUAUAUAUAUAAUAUAGAAAAACAACUAUAUAUUUUACAAUUUGGAUUGGACUUUAAUACAUUUUUUUCUCAAAGAACUCAAGAAUUUUUGUGACAAUGCCUCAGAGUCGUUUUCCAGCAAUUGAUCUCUACCAGAACCUGACAGAGGGCACCCUUGAGGGUUUUGACUCAACGCACGAUUACUACUUGACCCCUGACCCGGUUCUCCCAUCGUACUCCAUUAAACUCGAACCCUCUUUGAGUCCGAGCGACAAUUGUUUAAUGAACGAAACUUACAGGGAGCUGCUCAUCGAUCCUGUGAUGCCACAAUGUGUCAACCCCGUUGCUAAUUGCCAGGAUCAUGGACCACACUUUAUGAAUGACAAUUGUAGUGAAAUCCUAAACCUUGAUGAAAUUAAACUGAAUACGUCACCUAACAAUGAAAUCAGCUUGUCUAAAUCAGAUCCUCGCAACUGGUCAGAAAACGAAUUAAAACAUUGGAUAAGCAGCAGACUGGACAUGUAUGCCAUUCCAGUCGAUUCUAUUAAUUGGCCUAAUAUAAACGGCUCUAUGAUGUUUACGAUGAGCCGUGAUCAACUUCGGUUCCAGCUGCAACACAAAGCCAUAGCUGACGUUUUGUUUAAUGAUAUGCAGAAGUUGAUGUAUGAUUUUCAAAUUGCCGACACCUUCUCCUGUUCACCUUCCUCUUCCAACUCCUGUAGUGACCUUGGCAGCCACCAAACUAUGUCCGACAGUUGCAAAACUGAACAAUUCAGGAUGCUUAAUGAAUACAUGAACAUGGUCAGUUUCCCAAACGAUUGUCUUUCCGGAUCAGACGAAGGAAACGACAGCAACGAUAGCUCUGACAGCAGUACCAAUAGUUCAGAACUUAGCACUUCAAUUACGACCAUCGACAAAAAGGCUUUUGAUCCAGAACCUUUAUACCCAGAACAAAAACCAAGGGACACACCUCAAAUAACUAAGCACAAACAGAACAUUCACCUGUGGCAGUUUUUAAAAGAAUUGCUGUUGCAAGGAGACAAAUACAUAAAAUACAUCAAAUGGUUGGACCCCAAACAAGGGGUUUUCAAAAUUGAGGACUCAAGCCACGUUGCCCGACUUUGGGGUGAGCGUAAGAACAGACCAGCAAUGAACUACGACAAACUUAGUCGCUCAAUCCGACAGUAUUACAAUAAAGGUAUAAUUAAGAAGACUGAGAAAAACAGGCGCCUGGUCUAUAAAUUCUGUCCACCUUAUUUGUAAGGCAAAGAGAGGAACAAAAGCAUGAGACUUUUAGCAAACUUAAACCAAAGAUUUUGGUUAUAAGUUUAUGAAAUGGCGAUGCAGAUUGAGUUUUUGGUAUUUUUUUUCCCCUUUUUUUUAAAAAAAAGUUUUGUUAAUCGCAUCAUGCCAUUGCAACGUUGAUCGUUGUCAUCUCGUUUGUGCAACAGCUCGCUGCACAACAGGGAAUAUUUUUUGGCAAUUUUUGGUGGCGUCUGUGGCCAAGAGAGGAAAGGCAGGAGAUGGCAGCAGAGCCAAUGUCAAACACCAAAUUUCCAAGAUGAACAAAAGACUACAAUAAUAAUAAUAAUAUUAAUAAUAAUAAUAUGAUUAAAAUGUAAUCAUAUUAUCUGGACUAUAUACUACUACUACUACUACUAUUAUUAUUAUUAUCAUCAUCAUUAUAUAUAUUUUUUCAAACCAUUUCCUUUAAAGACAAGAUGGCGGACUAGAUUGCCUUACAGUAUUUUUAUUUUUUUUUCCCCCACUUCAUUCUAAGGUGAAGGUCCAACAAGUUGGCUUUGCCUUUCAUUCCAAGGGUCUUUUGAAACAAAUGUAGGGGGCCGUUUUAUGGGGGUCAAUCGAUCUGACCAUGACAUUUACCCCAUCCCCAAGCCCCUUACAAAACGUGUGGCCCUUGGGCAAUUGUAAGAAACUGUAAAUAUCAUUAUUGUUCUUUCA